AUGACAUCUGGUAUUGGCCCCGGCGGACAGACUGCCUACAGGACAAAGAGUCAUAUCCUCGCGUUCCAGGACUAUACUGGUAGCUGCGCAGUCUCAGUCUGGCGCGGCCGGGCAACCAAUCCUCUUCCACUGCUCUAUAGCUAUGCGAUCUACUCCGAGCACCCAAACAUUACCCCGGAGAAUGUUGAUGCAGAGGACAUAUACGCGGCUGUAGCUGACGACCCGCUGUAUGGCUCCAACGAUGCCGAAUACCGCCUUGACCUCUACUUUGUUCCCAGGGGCAUUGAGUUUGUAUCAAUGAACGCGGAGCCCACUGGUAGACUUCCCAGACUUGUCUCGUCAUCCGUAUACGACACGGUUCGGCAUCGUUACCACAACCUCACUUACAUUUUCAAAGAGACCGACUGGUCCAGCGGGGAUCAGUUGAUAGCUCGCGUCGAGUUUGACCCGCUAAGCCAGGCGGAGUGCAAGGCCGACAGCAAGGAUCAAGAUGACCCUCAAGAACCAGAUGUCCUCCCAGGUAUCUAUGGGACAGAGCACCGAGGCAGUCUAUGGAUGAAGAUGCAUACAGUCAGGCAGCAGAAAAGGGUGGACGAGCUUCUAAAAGCGGCCAAUGUGCAUCCCAGUCGCAUCGAAUUGGACAUCGCUCAGAAAUGA